AUGGCAAAGAAAUUCAAGGGCGAGAACAGCAAGGUAGCAGCUGCCAAGGAGAAGAAGGCUGCCACACAGGCUGUCAAGGACACAAAGAAGCGUGCCGAACAAGAGGCGAAGGAUUCUGCCGCAUGGGCCGUGGGCUCGAAGAAGAACGACAAGAAGGCGGAGCAGGAAGCGAAGCGCUUGGAGAAGCUGGCCCGGAAACAGGAAGCCGAUGCUCUCCUUGCUGCCGAGAACAAGAGCAUCGCCGGCUCUUUGAAGGGCAAGACCGGGCCAGCCAAGCUGGGCCCAGCUAAGCCUGUACGCCCUGCACGCGGCGCCGAAAAGAAGGCCGAAGCCAAAUCAGCAGCAGUCCACUCGGCAGCUGAGGCCAGCAAGCCUGUCGAGUCAUUCGCCGCGCGCAACAUUGACGACGCGCUGGAUCUGAUGAACUCAAUCGGUGACGAGCCUGUGGCUACUGGUGGUGCGCAGGCAAAGAAGGGCGGUGUGGCAGCGCUGGUGGAUCGCCACCCAGAGAGGAGAGCGAAGGCGGCGUACAAGGCAUUUGAGGAUCGCGAGCUGGAUCGUUUGAAGUCGGAGAAUCCGGGGCUCCGGCUUACGCAGCUGAAGCAGCUUCUGUGGAAGGAGUGGCAAAAGUCGCCAGAUAACCCGUUCAACCAAGUGAUGAUUGAGCAGAAUGCCACAGCAGAGGAAAUUAACAGAGUCAUUGAGGAGCAGAGGCAGAAUAUGCAGGACCGUCUCAGGAUCGAGUGAACUACAUAAAUAUGUCUUACCUAGGCCAAUCCACCACAUCAUGUAAUGAGAGACUAUAGCGUAGUGCCUUAUUCCGGCAGGAUAUCUACAUGCGCUGUUGUGCACAAGGUCAGUAGGCGGGCUGCUGCAUGCUGGUGUUGAUUAUAGCAUCUUCAGUCCAGCCUGCAGUGCCCCUGAUCCUGGCUGGCAGCCUCGCGCAGACAUGAAAGACCGUAAUUCACCACCGUUGGAUAUCCUCCCAACACUAUCUCGCUGCAUCUACUGUCCGCUUCAGCAUUCAUUCACUUGGUCCGGUUAGGCUUGU